GAAUGUGUUUAUGAAAGAGUUAACCAUAGAAUACUUUCAAGAUGGCCAAGUCCCCUUUCGUGAAUUCAAUGUUGCAAAGUCUUUCGCAGGGCCAUGAAAAAGCAUUUCAGCAAGCACUAUACACGACAGCAGCCAAUAUUUUUGUUUUACUUGCUGGAGGAUCAGCUAUCGCUGUGUAUUUCAUUCUAGAAGCUUUCCUCCGACCUUUGUUAUGGUCCGUGUUGUGUGGAACAUUUCUGUACCCCUUCAAACGUGAAUUAACAGCAAUAUUAAGACGAUGGUUACGUGGUUUACAAGAAUCAGGGACACCUUUUGCUAUAGGAAUAGCAUAUUUACCAAUACAAGCUCUUGACUAUACUUAUGUUAUGAUAUUUGAUCGUACUAUUGUUAGACACUGGAAAUUACUAUGUGGAGGAAUUAUAAGUUUAUUUUUGAUUUACAUUUUGUGGUAUUUUGGCCCAGUAAGAAGUAUACUGGAAAUGUGUUAUGCAGUGUUUAUUUUCGUCUCUGAAGUUCUGGAUUAUUUUACAUCAUUUUGGGUAUGGACUCUUGUAGUAGCCUAUCUAAUUGUUGUCAUCUUUCUGUGGAAUGCUGAAUCUAAGAAGUAUUUACGUCUCUUGUCCCUGCCUAUUUGGGGUGUGCUAAUUCUUCACAUAGCCACGGUAGCCGGGUCUCUCCGCGUCCCACUGUUUCUCUUAAUAAUCGGAUUGAUUGCCACUGGAUUUGCAAGUGAAGUAAAAGAAAUAAAGCGAAGAGUGGACGAACAAGGACAUAGUAUAUCUGAUGUGCUGGCUAUUUGGACUGUGUUUACGGGGGACUUGGAGAGGGCCCUAAGACAGGGACAGGAGUCCGACACUGACAUUAUGGACUCCUCCUCAGAGGUCUCUACCACCGAAAGCUUCAGUGAGGAGACAGACAAAAGUCAGAAAUCUGCUGGUGUUGUAAAGCCAACCAACCUGCCACUCCCUAAACCAGAAUCCACCACCCCAAAAGUUAGAUCCACCAAGAAAAAGACUGUACGAGUUGUGGAGGAUAAAGGCCCCGGGAGUACUAAAUACUUUGUGUACUUAUUCUGGGCCCUCGUUCUUACACGGGUCUGGAUGAACAUUUGGUUGCUUCAGCUCCUUGUCCCUCUGUUAGGCCUCAUGUGGAUCUUUAAAGCUUUUG